UCCCAUUUCCACUCACCCUCAAAAAUGGCCACCAUGUCUCUACCCUCCACCCCAACAAUCUCACCAUCCCUAAUCCUUCGACCUCGCACUUGCACUUUCACUUCUCUUUGUUGUUCCUCUUCGUCUCUCUUCGGUCCCUCUCUCAUCUCCCCCAAAUUCCCCAAACCCAGAAAAAUUCCCCCAUUUUCCACCACCAUUUCCAUGUCUAUGGAAGCUGGGGUGGGUGUAAUGGGGACCAAAUUGGGCAUGAUGAGUUUUUUUGAGCCCGGUGGUACUGUUGUCCCAGUCACUGUUGUGGGUUUCAGAGAAGGCAACAUUGUGACCCAGGUCAAGACCGAGACCACAGAUGGCUACAAUGCGGUCCAAGUCGGGUACAGGAGGGUUCGAGACCGAAAGCUUACUAAGCCGGAGAUGGGUCAUCUUCAGAAGUCUGAAAUCAUCCCCUUGCGUCAUCUACAGGAGUUUCGGUUAGUUUCUGUUGAUGGGUUUGAGCCUAACCAGCGUUUGGUUUUGGAAGAGCUGUUUAAAGAAGGGGACUUGGUUGAUGUUUCUGGAACCACCAUUGGCAAAGGGUUCCAAGGUGGUAUCAAAAGACACAACUUUAAGAGAGGCCUUAUGACACACGGAUCUAAGAGUCACAGAGCUCUUGGAUCAAUUGGUGCCGGGACAACUCCUGGCCGUGUGUAUAAAGGGAAAAAGAUGCCAGGGAGAAUGGGAGGAACCAAGAGAAAGAUCAGAAAACUCAAGAUUAUGAAAAUUGACAAUGAUCUCCGAAUUGUGAUGAUCAAAGGGGCUCUCCCUGGUAAGCCAGGAAACCUUCUCCGAAUAACACCUGCAAAGAUUGUUGGGAAGAACAUACCUAAAAGUUAGUUUUGUGUUGACGAUCCAAAAAAAAGAGAAAAAAAGAAGAGUUUUGUGUUGUAUUUCUUGCUCUUUUACACUAUUGAUAUUAAAUGUACUUACUUUUUGGUUAAGUAGUAUCUCAGCUAGAUCUGCAUGUUGGUUUAUGUCAAUUUAUUAUAUUUUAUUAUA